CUGCCGUGCUACAUCUACUCAGGUGGGUGGCGGUGAGCAAUGGUAGGAUUUCAGCCCUUCCAGCAGCCACCGAGUCAGCCACAGCCAGUCCUCCCAUCGCUGUGGUAGAGAGAAGACCUACAUUCCCUGCCUAUCCUCAGAACCUUGAGCCACCCAUUACGGCAAGAUGACUCUCCGACUGUGCAGCGUCCUCUUCCUAACCAUGGUGUUGGUGGGCGAGUGUGUGGAAGGAUUGGGCAUGAUGGUACCAGGAGGCACUUCUCCGGAAAAGUCGCCCACUCCUGAGGUGCAGGCUAUGGUGGACGCCGUGAAGCCUCAGGUGGAAGAGAGACUGGGCCGCCAGGUGGACCAAAUGACACUGCUGGGCUUCAAGACGCAAGUAGUGGCUGGAAUUAACUACUUUGCCAAGGUGGACAUUGGUGAGGAUGACGUGGUGCACCUGAGGAUUUACAAAGGCUUUGAUCAAAACGUGGAGCUGCAUGGUAUGCAUUACCCUAAGGGGCGCACCCAUCCCAUUGAAUACAUCGAGCAGUUCUAAUGCAAUGAUUGGACUGCUGUAAGUGUUUCAGCUUCUUCUGGGACUAUCUUUCAACGGCCUUUUAUUAAUCCUAGAAAGUACUGGAUUUUCAAGAAUGUUCCCUGAGAUGUUAAGAAAACAAAACAAAACUGGGAUAAAUACUCCUGAAAACACCAUUGCCAUCUCUGUGGCCUUUGAAGAAUAGUCCCUAUGAAAGUCAAUUUCCUAAAUACAAAUCCUGUCGCUUGUUGUAGCUGUGUUGUACUUGUUUUUUUUUUUUUUUAUCAAAAGGAGCUGAGUGACAUUUAUACGAUUAAAAUGUUUUUACAAGUAUGAAUGAUAAGAGGUGCAAGGGUUCCGUGAUUCAGGCUUGCCUCUUCAUCCUUCCACUAGCAACACAAUGCCAGCGAAUUUUAAUAAUCUGACAAAAUUUCUUUGUUGCAUUGUGUAACUGAAAAGGGUGAGGACGUAGCCAAGUAAAUGGUGGAGGCUGUCAUGUAUGAGGCUGAAAUAAAGAUAUAAAUUGGAAAA